AUGAUCUUUUUUCUUUUAUUCGUCUACUCUUUCUUCAAUUAUAUUUUUGCUGGAGAUUUUGUUGAUAUCCCGAAAAACGAGAUCGGACCGUGCACUCUGUUGAACAAUCGGAUGAAAUGCACAGGAUACGGAUAUUUUGAGCUAAUCCAAUGCGAUAAAGCAUCAUGUUAUUGUGUACAAGCAAACAAUGGAGAGAUUGCAUUUGAGACAAAGACCCCAAAUUCGAGAAUGGCUCCAACGUGCUCGGUUUGCUACAAUCGUUUAAAACAACUCUACAGCAAUGGGCAACCAGCAAAGAAUGUCUGGAUACCAUUGUGUGAUAAUCGAAAAGGCGAUUUUCAAAAUAUCCAGUGCACAUCAAAUCGCGAAAAUUGUUUUUGUGUGGACAAGGAAACGGGAAAUGAGAUCCCUGGCACAAGGACGGAUGGAUCGAAUGGAUUGAGAUGUGAACAAAUGAAUGAUGAAGCAACGCAACGUGAACCAACGAAAGGAUUAAACGUAAUUCCACUUGGUUCUCCAUCGUGUCGUUUUGGGAAAGAUCGAGGAUAUCGAUGUGCGGAAACGACACCGAUUGUUCAGUGGCAUUUUGAUGUGGAAACAUUUCAAUGCUUGGCCUUUGAAUAUCUGGGAUGUGGGGGCAAUCAGAAUCGAUUUCCAAAUGAAAAAGAGUGCUCAACAACAUGUAAAUUUGCUGAUUUGAGCGGUUGUGCCGGCAUGAAGUCUCCAUCGAAAGAUACACAAGGAAAAACCAUCACUUGUGGACAAACCUUGAUGAAUGCACCCCAUCUCUUUCCACCACCUCCACCUCAAAUCGGGAAUUUCCCUCAAUUCUCGCGAAAUCCCGAUGAUGAAUGCCCAAAAGAGGACAAAUGUGUGAUUGGAGCAUUCAUUGGAGUGUGUUGUGAUCGAGGAAAUGAAGAACUUUUCCAACGAAAUUUCUGGCCAACUUGUCAAUUCGGAAAACCCUUCCAAUGGAAUGAUCAUCAAGUUUUAAUUGGGAAAAGCUGCUCGGACAACUUUUGUCCCCGGGAAACAAGCUGUGAACAGGGAUACUUCUUCGCGUAUUGUUGCUCAUUUUCUUCA